UCUUACAUUUCGUGAACUGAUGAGCAAUGCAGAACUAGUUUAUUAGAUAAUAUUGUUUGUUUAUAAUGGUAGGACAACUCCAUUUUAUUGCAAAACUUCCGGUUUAUAUCGGCAGCGGACGACAUGCCAUUUGUUUUGUUUUGUGGCUUACCAGCUAGCGGUAAAACCUUGCGAGUUGCGGAAUUAAAGACUUAUAUAAUCGAAAAAUAUCCCGAUCGCAAUGUUAACGUUGUCAGUGAUCACUCUCUGGGGGUAAACAGAAACAAAGUUUACGCAGAAUCACGUGAAGAAAAACAAGUCCGUGGCACUCUGAAAUCAGCUGUCCAGAGACUCUUAAACAAAGAUGAUGUUGUGAUCCUAGAUUCACUGAACUACAUUAAAGGUUUCCGUUACGAGCUGUACUGUGUUACAAAAUCCUGCCAGACGCCUCAGUGUGUGGUGUGGUGUGAUAUUAACCCUGCGCUAGCCGCGGACUGGAACACAAGAAGAGACAGCGGUGAGCAGUACUCGUCAGACAUUCUGAGUGGUCUGGUGAUGAGGUUUGAGGAACCGAAGCCCAACAACCGCUGGGACAGUCCGUUGAUCGUGGUACAGAGCGACGAUCGACUGCCGUGCAAAGAAAUCUGUGACGCUAUAUUUGAAAGAAAGGCUCCUCCACCAAACCACUCCACACAGUCUCAACCUUUAUCAUCAACCAACUUCCUUCACGAGCUUGACAGAGUAACACAGGAAACGUUAGCACUACAGCACACACGACCUUUGACCUUGUCCGAGUUGCAGCGACAGAAGCGUCAGUUUAUCUCGUACACGAAGACUCAUCCUGUGGAGGAUACUAGCAGCCUCACGAGCAUGUUUGUCCAGUUCCUCAACUCCAGUCUCCAGUGACACAGCUUUCUAAAGCACUGGCCUGAUACAAGGUCAAUCUAGGAUUGAUCCCCGUCGGUGGGCCCAUUGGGCUGUUACUCAUUCCAGCCAGUGCACCACGACUGGUAUAUCAAGUCCAUGGUAUAAGCUAUUGUGUUUGGGUGGGAUAUAGCUUAAUGGUAAAGCCUGAUGCACGGUCGAUCUAGGAUUGGUGGGGUCAUGUGGCUAUUUUUUUGUUCCAGUCAGUGCACUAUGACUAAGGCUGUGGUAUAAUCUAUCCUGCCUUUGGGUGGGACAUGGCCCAGUGGUAAAGCACUCGCUUGAUGCACCGCCAGUAAAGGAUCAAUCCCCGGCUAUUUCUCGUUCUAACCAGUACACCAUGACUGGUAUAUCAGGUCCAUGGUAUAAGCUUUAUAAAGGAGAGGGACAUAGCCCAGUGGUAAAGCGCUCAUCUGAUGCACGGACACUCAGGGAUCGAUCCCCAUCGGUGGGCCCAUUGGGCUGUUUCUCAUUCUAGCCAGUACACCAUGACUGUUAUAUCAAGUCCAUGGUAUAAGCUAUCCUGUCUGUGUGCGGAACAGAGCCCAAUUGUAAAAUGCUCGCCUGAUGCAUCAUCAGUAUAGGAUCAAUCCCCAUCAGUGGGGCUGUUUCUCGUUCUAACCAGUACACCAUGACUGGUAUAUCAGGUCCAUGGUAUAAGCUUUAUAAAGGGGAGGGACAUAGCCCAGUGGUAAAGCGCUCGCCUGAUGCACGGUCGGUCUCUUGAUUGAUCCCUUUAGGUGGGCCCAUUGGGUUAUUUUUUGUUCCAACCAGUCCACCACGACUGGUAUA